GCAAAGUCACGCUAACUACUGGCGCGGAAGAGUUCCGGUCAAGGUCACUUGGUAACAGAUACAGGGCUAAUGUUAUUAAAUGUACACAUAAGCAGGCUUCCUCAAGAGAUUGUAUCUUCGAAACGGUCGUAGACCUCUCCUGUUUCUUAUGUUUCCUAUGUGUUCUCAAGCGUAAUUUGGGCUUCUGGUUAUAGAAAUUUGAUAACUGACUGCGACGUAAUCACCGAACUUCGAGAGACACUAAUCUAAACUAGAGUAAUCUAUUGGGGAACAGCAGAAAGAUGGACAAAAUACCAGCGGUGAAAGCUUUCCUCAUUGGGUAUGCUGUGGCGGUAUUUCUAACCAACACAAAUCGCUGGGCUGAAUCCAUUGGCUUGUAUUUUGAGUGCUUGGUAUUAUUGAAUCAACUGUCAGUGAGCAAACCCUCUUCCGUACUGACACUGAUCGAAUAUGUGAUACGCCAAAAGUUUAUGAGGGCAGUUCUGUUACUCGAGGAACGUGGUCUUAAAUUCUAUGACCUCGGUCGGAUCAAAGAAUCAAUCAGCUGCCUAAAAAAGGCAUUGUGCAUCUACGAAAAAGCUGGUCCUAGAUUGAGUGAGGCGUGGUGUCACUGCCACUUGGGUAGAUCGCUUCACAUUGCGAGCCAGUAUGAAAGAGCUAUGGAGCAUUAUCAAAAGGCUCUUGAUGUAAGUGGACUAUCAAGACAUGAGAAACAAGAACUCGAGGGAAGGGUUUACAACAACAUUGGUGAGGUAUAUAAUGUGCGUGGAAAUUAUGAAAAGGCUCGUCACUAUUAUGAGAAAGCAUUUAAAAUAAAUAAGGAAAUUGGAAAUGAGAUACAGCAAGCGAUAUACUACAACAACAUGGGAGUAAUGAAUCAUAACUACCUGGGCAAUCUUGAGGCAGCACUUGAUUUCCACGAAAAAGCACUCGAGAUUCGUAAAAGACUUGGACGCAGAAAAGAUGAAGGAACAUCCUACAACAACAUUGGUGGAGUGUAUGAGGCACGUGGUGACUUCAAAAAGGCACUUGAAUAUUACGAAAAAAGCCUUAAACUUAGUGUAGACAUCGAAGACAGAGUGUUGGAGGCAGCAAAUCUGUACUUUAUUGGAAAAGUUUCAAUGAAACUCGGUCAGUUUCGAAAAGCCCUAGAAUAUCUUGAAAGAGCCCUUCAACUCAAAUCAGACGCAGGUGUCAAAAAGGCUGGAAACCUCACUGACCUUGGAAAUCUUUAUAUGUCCUUCGGUGAUUAUGAGAAGGCAAGACAAUAUCACCAAAAAGCCAUUAAACUCUGCGAGGAAAAAGGGGAUCUUGAAAUCAUGGGAAUAUGCUAUAAAAAUGCCAGCAAACUUCCCAGUUAUCUUGGUGAUGAUGAGAAAGCCAAGAGCUAUUUAGAAAAGGCUAUUGAUGUUCUCGAAAAAACUGGAAACAAAGUGGAUCUUGCCAUGACAUUUGCUAAUAUCAGUGAUAUUUAUAUUUCUACUGGUCAAUAUCAGAAAGCAUGCGAAUAUUUACAGAAAGCUCUGAAAGUCAGUGAAGAAGUCGGACACAUACAAUUAAAGACAUCAGUUUUAAUUAGUUUUGCCGCCUUGAAUUUUGCUCUUGGAAAAUAUGAGCAAGCCAUUGAGCAUGCUAAGAAUGCACUUAAAAUCGUGAAAGGGAUUGAUGAAAAACAAAGAGAGGUGUCUUGUUACGUUCUUCUUGGUAAUGUUUAUUUUGCUCAAGGUCACAACGAGAAAGCAAUCUGGUAUCAGAGCAAAGCACUAGAGUUGAAGAAGGAAAUUGGAAUGGAAGAUCAGUCGCAAAUCUAUCUUCGUAACACUUUAGGGGAAGUAUAUUCCUCUGAAGGCAACUUUUCGAAAGCAUGUGAAAACUUGCACGAAAGCAUUAAAAUCCACAAAAGAACUCGAUCUUUCCUCAAAGAUGAAACAGACAAGAUUUCAUUGGAUGGUAAGAACUAUUCUUGUUAUAAAUCUCUUUCGUGGCUGCUUCUUCGCGAGGGGAAUCUCAACCAAGCCCUUUUCACCCUGGAGCUCGGACGAAGUCGUGCCCUUGUUGAUCUAAUGUCGGAGAGUUACGGAAUCAAAAGGAGACUUGUUCAUAACGAAGUAACUCCAGAUGCCCUCCAAAACUUUUUUAAAGAACAGCAAAGGAACUUCCUCUUUAUAGCAACUUUUCAAAUGAAUAGCGAUUUCGCCCUGUGGUUCGUUGACAAAGGCGGAAGUGUAAAAUUCAAACUGGUAAAAAUAGACUUAGAAACAGAGUUAUUCAAAGAAAGUAGUGCCACCAAAGAGCCUGAAAUGGAUGCCUCUUCAUCGACUUUGGAUGAUCCACACUGCGAAGAUCGUUCAUUGGCUCUGCUGUAUGAAAAUUAUCCAUUUGCUUCACAGGAACAACAGUUAAAACCAAACAAAGGUUCUGUGCAAAUGCAAGUGAAACAAAUCGGAAGCAAAUCAUACAUUGGCCUUUCCUAUACGGUCAAGUCGUACGCUGCCUUUAUUGCUCCUAUAUUUGACCUCAUAGACAGCCCGGAGAUCAUCAUAUCCCCAGAACCCGGCCUUUUUUUGACGCCAUUUGCAUCGUUAAAGGAUGAAAAUGGAAAGUACCUUUCUGAAACUGUGAGAGUCCGCCUCAUCCCGUCUAUAACGACACUGAAGCUCAUUCACGACUCGGCAGCCAGCUAUCACUCUCAAAGUGGAGCUUUGAUCGUCGGAGAUCCAGCGGUUGGCCCUGUAGAGAUAAAUGGAAGUGUAAAGACUCUAGAUCCAUUGCCUAAAGCCAGAGAAGAAGCGCAGAUGGUGUCAAGAUUGGUAGGAGUGCGCUGUUUGAUAGGAGAGGAAGCCACAAAGGAGGAAGUCUUGAAAAGAAUCCAAGAAGUGAGCUUAGUGCACAUUGCUGCCCAUGGUGAUGAAACCACCGGGGAAAUAGCUCUUGCUCCCAACAGGUCUGUCGUUGGAGUUCCUAAGAUCGGCGACGUCUUGCUAACAAUGAACGACAUAGCUCGAGUUGGUAUCAGAGCCAAGCUGGUGGUACUCAGCUGUUGUCACAGUGCUCGUGGUAAGGCAUUAAAAGCCGAAGGGAUUGUUGGAAUUGCUCGAGCUUUCUUAGGAUCUGGUGCUCGUUCAGUUCUGAUGUCAUUGUGGGCUGUCGAUGAUGGGGCUACCAAAGCAUUCAUGAACAUAUUCUACAAGUUCUUAAUCCGCGAGAAACUCAGUGCAAGCGAAUCUCUUCACUUGACCAUGAAAAAAAUGAGAGAGUCAGUACUGUACUCUGAUAGGGAGCACUGGGCUCCAUUUGUCUUACUUGGUGACAAUGUAACUCUCACAUUUUAAGGUAAUCAUGCAAGAGGACAAACAUGGACAUGAUCAUCCCUAAGUCAUAGACCUUGUGCUACAGCGAUGAGGUACAGCCAUGUGAAAGCACCACUUUGUACUUUACAGUGCUUAGGGCGCUCGAAACUGAGUCUGCCAAGUUGAAAUAUUUAUUUUAUUUGCUUAGUUUUCUUCUCAGUCACCAAGAACGUGGCCGGAGUGACAUUAAUAUCUGAAUUUAUUUUGUGCCUUUUAAACCGUUCUAAAAACCAAAAUAGAACAAAAGCUCAAUUUUUUUUUACAUAUGGUGUUAAUUCUUGACCACAGAGGUUUAAGAAUUAUAAUGUAAAUGAUAUCCUUAGCUUUAUCUUAGCUCUAAAAACUGAAAACUAAAGGUGUUUUGGCCGGUUAUACCAUUUUUUAAAGCAACUUUGUACAUCAAGAAGAUGAUCAUGUUCAGUUCAACAGUAUUUUAGCAUUUCUUUGACAUCACUUCCUUUUGUUAAGAUUUGCAUUUUUAUACAAUUAAGUCAUAUCAAACGAGAAAGAGAACGAUAGAAGUAUAUUUUGAUGUAAGAAAUUAAAAUUUUCAAUUCCAUAGCCAGUUCUGUUCACACUCCGCAUAGCCGCACGUGAUAGAAACCUUCUAAAAUGCAAGGAGUCUAACUUUUUUUGUUUAUCUUUUGGGUAAAACAUACAAAUCGAAAUUUUUUAUGAUUCUUAUGAUAAAAUCAUAUUUCACUGAUCAUUUUUAGGUCUCUUGAGAUUGCUUCUGAUUUCAGAAAUGUUUGCAAGGUCCAGAAAAAACCAGUCCUUUGUACGAGGGUCUCAAUGGGGUUGACUGAUCGCCGUAAAAUAGCCAAGAAAUGUAGCCGUUAGCCGUAAAAAUUGACAAAUUUCAAGCGACAGUCGUAAAAAAAGUUAACGGUUAAAAAAUUUUCAGGUGACAACAGCGGGAUGAUAUCAACCGUUAGCCGUAAAAUGGCCAAAACAUUUUACUGUUAGCCAUAAAAGCCAUCACCCCAUUGAGACCCUCCUUUAGGAAAUGUUAAAUCACGUGGACAAUGUUUAUUUAUCUGUAAGGCCUCUGGUGAGAAAGAUAACCUCUCUUUUCCUCAGUUGAUAGGUAAUGGAGCCAUGAAAAUUUAUCGACCAGUCCAGCAAUCUGGACGGGCUUAUUAUUUUUUAAUCCUGUGCUAGGAUUUUCAUGUUUAACUAUAUACGGAAGUAGGUUGUUGGCUUUUAACAACGGCAUCUUAUUAUCAGUUUGAUACGUCACCGAUAACUGGUUUUAUUUUCAAAGAGCAAUUGUAGUCUGAAGUGGCCUAACGUUUGCGACGCAACGCAAAUGAUGUAGAGUCGAUAAGUCUAGUGUUAGAUCAAAGUCAGUGUCUGAACAAUUGUGUACCCACACCUCCCCUAACCCAACAACGAAAAAUUACUAACCAGGUAUGAUAAAUGUUGGUUUAAGGGAGGAGUAGGUGCGCAGUUGCUCAAAUACUGACAUUGAUCCCUAUUAUUUUAUUUGUGAGAAGUGAAUCGAAUGAA